AUGGCCAAGUCCAAGAACCACACCACACACAACCAGUCCCGGAAAUGGCACAGAAAUGGCAUCAAGAAACCCCGGUCACAAAGAUACGAAUCUCUCAAGGGGGUCGACCCCAAGUUCCUGAGGAACAUGUGCUUUGCCAAGAAGCACAACAAGAAAGGCCUGAAGAAGAUGCAAGCAAAUAAUGCAAAGGCCGCUAGUGCACGUGCGGAGGCCAUCAAGGCCCUGGUGAAGCCCCAGGUGGUGAAGCCCAAGGUGCCAAAGGCCCCAGCCAGCCGCAAACUCACCCGUCUCGCUUUCAUCGCUCAUCCCAAGCUUGGGAAGCGGAUUAGAAGCUACAUGGCCAGGGGUCGUAGGCUCCAAAAAACAAAGCCCAAGGUUCAAGCCAUGGCAGAGGCCUCAGCUGCAGCUCAGGCUCCCAAAGGUGCCCAGGCCCCUGUGAAGGCCCCAUAA